AUGUGUCUCAUUGAUCCUGUGGAGAACCUGCACGCUCCACAAACCAUCAUGGGUUUGUUAAAGAUCAUAUCUAGUACAGUGCUACUAUGGAUCACACUGUCUAUUGAACUUACUGCAACACAGAUAACGGUUUUCCCGACAUUCAACAUCAGUCCAGUGACCACAGCACAACUGAUUUCAGGACUGAGUUCACAACACAAUGAGCUGGUUUGUAGCACGUGGGGUAACUAUCAUUACAAGACUUUUGAUGGAGAUUACUUCCAACUCCCGACCACCUGUAACUACAUACUGACCUCCAGCUGUCAGAACAGCUAUGAAGAUUUUAACAUUCAACUGAGACAUCAGGUGCUCAACGAUGAACCCACCAUCAGCAGAAUCAUCAUGAAACUGGAGGGAACCGUAGUUCAGCUCAACAAAGACUCCAUCAGUGUUGAUGGUCAAACAGUGACGCUGCCAUUCAGCAGCUCUGGAAUUACAAUAGAGAAGUUGACGCAUUAUAUUAUGGUGAAAGCUGUUUUUGGAUUGGUAGCCAUGUGGAAUGAAGACGACGCUUUUAUGGUCCAGUUAGAUGAGAAAUACAAAAACCAAACAUGUGGAGUCUGUGGUGACUUUAAUGGAAUCCAGCUUUACAAUGAAUUCAUCAGUAAUGGAGCUCAACAGCCUGCUUCUAGCUAUGGAAACCUCUGGAGGUUAGAUGACCCAACAGAAGUCUGUGAGGAAGAUAAUAUGUCUCUUGUAGAAAACUGUGGAGAUGAGGCCUUUUGUCGUUUUGUCUUCACCAGUCCAGUGUUCAGUGAAUGCAGGGAUUUGGUGGCCAUUGAUUCUUUUGUUGACAUCUGUAUGAAGGAUUUGUGUCAUUGCAACACUUCUGAUAACUUCUGCCUGUGCAGAACUAUCGCCGAAUACUCCAGACAGUGUGUACACGCAGGUGGCAAACCUUCAGAAUGGAGAUCAGAAAAUUUUUGUGCACAAUCAUGCUCAGACGGUUUGAUCUAUCAGGAGUGUGGAAAUCCCUGUACGGACACCUGCUCGAAUCCUGAGAGAGGACAACUGUGUGAACAGCACUGCAUUGAUGGUUGCUUCUGUCCUCCAGGCACUGUUUUUGAUGAUAUAAAUCAAUCCGGCUGUAUACCCCUCAAUGAAUGCCCCUGUGUGCUUGGAGGUAAACCAUUUGCCUCUGGAGAGAAUUACACAAGCAACUGCAGAGAAUGCACAUGUGCAGAGGGUCAGUGGGACUGUAGGCAGAAGGAUUGUCCUCAUUAUUGCUCUGUGGAGGGUGGAUCUCAUAUUACAACUUAUGAUGGAAAAGCAUACACUUUCCACGGAGACUGUACAUAUGUCCUAUCCCAGGAAUGCACAGGCACAGGUUUUACAGUUCAAGGUGAUCUGGUGAAGUGUGGUGUGACAGAAACCGAGAGCUGUUUGAAGGCUGUAACUUUAGCGCUGUCAGAUGGGAUGACUCUGAUCAAAGUGGAUUCAAGUGGAAAUUUUGAGGUCAACCGAAUAAUCACUCAGAUGCCUUUAUUUACAGCUGACGUGAGCGUUUUCAAGCCCUCAUCAUUCUACAUCGUCAUUCAGGCUCAUUUCAUUGGGCUUCGUCUGGAGAUCCAGCUAGUACCAUUAAUGCAACUCUACAUCACAACCAAUUCAACGUAUCAAGGAGAAACAUGUGGUCUUUGUGGCAAUUUCAACAACAUUGAGGCUGAUGACUUUACAACCAUCGGUGGAUUGAGAGAAGGAACGGCCGUGGACUUCGCCAAUACCUGGAAAACACGAGCAAGCUGUCCGGACGUUAGGAGGACAUUUGAGAAUCCUUGCAGUCUGAGCAUUGAAAAUGAGAAAUAUGCCCAGCAUUGGUGUUCACUACUGUCAGACACUUCUGGGGUUUUUGCUCCGUGUCAUUCUGAAAUCAGCCCUGCUGUUUACCAAGCAAACUGUAUAUAUGACAGCUGUAACUGUGAAAGGACUGAAGACUGUAUGUGUUCGGCGCUGUCAUCAUAUGUACACGCAUGUGCCGCUAGAGGGAUUUUUCUAGACGGCUGGAGAGAUGUCGCCUGCCAAAAGUACACACUUUCUUGUCCCAUCACCACCGUUUACUCUCAUCACAUGACCAGCUGUGACCGAACUUGUCGAUCUCUCGGCCAAGCAGACAGCACUUGUGCUAUUGACUUUGUACAGGUAGACGGCUGCGGCUGCGCAGUCGGCACAUACAUGAAUGAGAACGGAGAUUGUGUUGCAUCCGUCAACUGUUCGUGCUACGAUUCAGGCAAAGUAAUAGCUCCUGGAGAUGUCAUCUCUAAAGAUGGACGAUCAUGUGUUUGUGCAGAAGGAAAACUGAUCUGCUCUGGAGGAUCAACUGGGGAAGAAUGCGUAGCACCUAUGACAUUUUUCAACUGCUCCAGCGCUAGCUCAGGUUCGAUGGGAUCAGAGUGUCAGAAGAGCUGUAACACAUUAUACAUGGCCUGUAUCAGUACAGAGUGCGUAUCUGGGUGCGUGUGUCCAUCUGGACUGGUGUCGGAUGGCAAUGGUGACUGUAUAUCUGAAGAUCUGUGUCCUUGCAUUCACAAUGGAAUUGCCUACCAACCUGGGGAAACCAUUACAGCUGACUGUAACACAUGCACUUGUAGUGAAAGAAAAUGGCAGUGCACCACAAACCAGUGCAGUGGGACAUGCAGCGUUUAUGGAGAUGGCCAUUAUCGAACAUUUGAUGAGAAAAGAUUUAUUUUCAGUGGAAGCAGCGAAUACAGCCUCGUUCAGGAUUACUGCAUCAACAAUAACAUCAAUGGCUCGUUUAGAGUAGUCACUGAAAACAUUCCCUGCGGGACCACAGGAACCACCUGCUCCAAAGCCAUCAAGCUAUUUCUCGGAAGCAAUGAGCUUAGAUUGACAGAUGGGACCUAUCAAGUUGUCCAGAGAGAUGCAGGAGAGGAGAUUCCCUACCAGAUCCGCAGCAUGGGACUUUACUUGGUGAUCGAAGGAGAUAAUGGACUGAUGCUCGUAUGGGACAGAAAAACAACUAUACACAUCAAACUGACUCCAAAGUUUAGUGGACGCGUGUGCGGUUUGUGUGGAAACUAUGAUGGGAGCGCAAACAAUGACUUCACUACUCGCAGUCAAGUGGUUGCUGUUGAUGCCCUGGAUUUUGGAAACAGUUGGAAGGUUUCUGGUGGUCCAGAUGCAACCCUCAUUCCAGAUCCAUGUAACCAUAAUCCCUACAGAGAGGCUUGGGCACAGAGACAGUGCAGUAUCAUUACUAGUGAUGUCUUCUUAAGCUGUCAUUCUCAGGUGGAUCCGUCUCCUUUCUACGAUGCUUGUGUGCGAGACUCGUGUGCUUGUGAUAACGGUGGAGAUUAUGAAUGUUUCUGUACGACUGUAGCAGCUUAUGCACAAGCCUGUAAUGAAGCCGGAGCCUGUGUUGUCUGGAGAUCUCCAAAAAUAUGCCCAUUGUUCUGUGAUUAUUACAACCCUCCCGGUGAAUGCGAGUGGCACUAUAAACCUUGCGGAGCUCCUUGUAUGGAGACCUGCAGAAACCCAUCGGGAGUAUGUUCGAGUCAAAUGCCAGCACUUGAAGGUUGCUAUCCUAAAUGUCCACCGGAGCAGCCUGUGUUUGAUGAGGACAACAUGAAAUGUGUCAUGCAGGAAGAUUGUGGCUGCUAUGACGGAUUGGUACAUUAUCAGACUGGCGACCAGGUGCCGACUGAAGAGAACUGUCAGUCAUGUUAUUGUUCAUCACCCAGCAUUAUAUGUGUCUUUGAUGUGAAUGCAUGUACAUGCAGAUACAAUGAUGUAGAGUACAACUAUAAUGACAUCAUUUAUCGCACAACGGAUGGCCUGGGAAGUUGUAUCACAGCUGUAUGUUCAAUCAAUGGGACUAUAGAGAGGACGUUCAUGCCUUGUGAAACCACUGCUGUUCCAACAACGUCAUCCCCCCCAACCACAGCACAGACAACAACACCAAUUCCAACAACGAUUUUUGUCUUCAGCACACCAGAAUAUACUUCAUCUGUAACUGGGGAAGAAACAAGCACAACACAAGGUGUCUUUUCCACAACCAGCCCACCAGACAUAGUGGUGACAUCAACUGAAAGUUCCACAACAAUGCAAAGUGCAAGCAUUACAAUAACAACAUCAAAAACUUCAAUUGCACCUAUUACAAAAACGCUUGCAACCAUCACUGGUAGAGUCGUCACAACAAGUUCUGAAACAUCUGUAUCGACACUGGAGACAACAGAAGAGCAAAGAACCACAGAGACAGUAUUACCCACACAACCAACAACAUCAACAGAGACAACUGCUGUGCCAGUCACUACAACAACUACAUCUGAAUCAUCCACUGAACUUGAGACAACCACUGAAGGGGCUUCUUCAACUACAAGACCAAUCAAAACUGAAACAACUCUUGCAAUCACCACACCAAGCAUCCCAUCCACAACAAUGUAUGUUGUGGGGAAAAGCACCACUGUUCUACCAACAGCUCCAAGCAAAGUCACAACUUCUGCAUCAUCAACCACAACACAAACAACUGGAGAACAAAGAACCACAGAGACUGUAACAGAAAAUGAAACAACCACAUCCCAGACACCUGUGUCCACCACAAGGUCGCCAAAGGUGGUGACUACAGCUGGAAUGACAAGCCAGUCAACAACCACUGCUACAACAGCUUUUGAAGAGUCAACAUCUAUUCCCUCUGAAAUGUCAACAUCUCCAAGCUCAUCUGUUCCAACAAAACAAACUUCAGUACCAGUUGUAACAUCCACACAACCAACAACAUCAACAGAAACAACUGCUGUGCCAGUCACUACUGUUGUGUCAACAAAAGUUACAUCUGAAUCAUCCACUGAACUUGAGACCACCACUGUAGGGGCUUCUUCAACUACAAGACCAAUCAAAACUGAAACAACUCUUGCAAUCACCACACCAAGCAUCCCAUCCACUACAGUCCUUGUUGUAGAAAGCACCACUCUCUCCUCAUCUACAGGGACAACAACUCCAAGUAAAGUCACCACAUCUGCAGCAUCAACCACAACACAAACAACUGGAGAACAAAGAACCACAGAGACUGUAACAGAAAAUGAAACAACCACAUCUCAGACACCUGUGUCCACCACAAGGUCGCCAAAGGUGGUGACUACAGCUGGAAUGACAAGCCAGUCAACAACCACUGCUACAACAGCUUUUGAAGAGUCAACAUCUAUUCCCUCUGAAAUGUCAACAUCUCCAAGCUCAUCUGUUCCAACAAAACAAACUUCAGUACCAGUUGUAACAUCCACACAACCAACAACAUCAACAGAAACAACUGCUGUGCCAGUCACUACUGUUGUGUCAACAAAAGUUACAUCUGAAUCAUCCACUGAACUUGAGACCACCACUGUAGGGGCUUCUUCAACUACAAGACCAAUCAAAACUGAAACAACUCUUGCAAUCACCACACCAAGCAUCCCAUCCACUACAGUCCUUGUUGUAGAAAGCACCACUCUCUCCUCAUCUACAGAAACAACAACUCCAAGCAAAGUCACCACAUCUGCAGCAUCAACCACAACACAAACAACUGGAGAACAAAGAACCACAGAGACUGUAACAGAAAAUGAAACAACCACAUCUCAGACACCUGUGUCCACCACAAGGUCGCCAAAGGUGGUGACUACAGCUGGAAUGACAAGCCAGUCAACAACCACUGCUACAACAGCUUUUGAAGAGUCAACAUCUAUUCCCUCUGAAAUGUCAACAUCUCCAAGCUCAUCUGUUCCAACAAAACAAACUUCAGUACCAGUUGUAACAUCCACACAACCAACAACAUCAACAGAAACAACUGCUGUGCCAGUCACUACUGUUGUGUCAACAACAGUUACAUCUGAAUCAUCCACUGAACUUGAGACCACCACUGUAGGGGCUUCUUCAACUACAAGACCAAUCAAAACUGAAACAACUCUUGCAAUCACCACACCAAGCAUCCCAUCCACUACAGUCCUUGUUGUAGAAAGCACCACUCUCUCCUCAUCUACAGAAACAACAACUCCAAGCAAAGUCACCACAUCUGCAGCAUCAACCACAACACAAACAACUGGAGAACAAAGAACCACAGAGACUGUAACAGAAAAUGAAACAACCACAUCUCAGACACCUGUGUCCACCACAAGGUCGCCAAAGGUGGUGACUACAGCUGGAAUGACAAGCCAGUCAACAACCACUGCUACAACAGCUUUUGAAGAGUCAACAUUUAUUCCCUCUGAAAUGUCAACAUCUCCAAGCUCAUCUGUUCCAACAAAACAAACUUCAGUACCAGUUGUUAAAUCCACACAACCAACAACAUCAACAGAAACAACUGCUGUGCCAGUGACUACUGUUGUGUCAACAACAACUACAUCUGAAUCAUCCACUGAACUUGGAACAACCACUGAAGGGGCUUCUUCAACUACAAGACCAAUCAAAACUGAAACAACUCUUGCAAUCACCACACCAAGCAUCCCAUCCACUACAGUCUUAGUUGUAGAAAGCACCACUCUUUCCUCAUCUACAGGGACAACAACUCCAAGCAAAGUCACCACAUCUGCAGGAUCAACCACAACACAAACAACUGGAGAACAAAGAACCACAGAGACUGUAACAGAAAAUGAAACAACCACAUCUCAGACACCUGUGUUCACCACCAGGUCACCAAAGGUGGUGACUACAGCUGGAAUGACAAGCCAGUCAACAACCACAGCUACAACAGCUUUUGAAGAGUCAACAUCUAUUCCCUCUGAAAUGUCAACAUCUCCAAGCUCAUCUGUUCCAACAAAACAAACUUCAGUACCAGUUGUAACAUCCACACAACCAACAACAUCAACAGAAACAACUGCUGUGCCAGUGACUACUGUUGUGUCAACAACAACUACAUCUGAAUCAUCCACUGAACUUGAGACCACCACUGAAGGGGCUUCUUCAACUACAAGACCAAUCAAAACUGAAACAACUCUUGCAAUCACCACACCAAGCAUCCCGUCCACAACAAUGUAUGUUGUGGGGGAAAGCACCACUGUUCCACCAACAGCUCCAAGCAAAGUCACAACUUCUGCAUCAUCGACCACAACGCAAACAACUGGAGAACAAAGAACCACAGAGACUGUAACAGAAAAUGAAACAACCACAUCUCAGACACCUGUGUCCACCACAAGGUCGCCAAAGGUGGUGACUACAGCUGGAAUGACAAGCCAGUCAACAACCACAGCUACAACAGCUUUUGAAGAGUCAACAUCUAUUCCCUCUGAAAUGUCAACAUCUCCAAGCUCAUCUGUUCCAACAAAACACACUUCAGUACCAGUUGUAACAUCCACACAACCAAAAACAUCAACAGAAACAACUGCUGUGCCAGUCACUACUGUUGUGUCAACAACAACUACAUCUGAAUCAUCCACUGAACUUGGAACAACCACUGAAGGGGCUUCUUCAACUACAAGACCAAUCAAAACUGAAACAACUCUUGCAAUCACCACACCAAGCAUCCCGUCCACAACAAUGUAUGUUGUGGGGGAAAGCACCACUGUUCCACCAACAGCUCCAAGCAAAGUCACAACUUCUGCAUCAUCGACCACAACGCAAACAACUGGAGAACAAAGAACCACAGAGACUGUAACAGAAAAUGAAACAACCACAUCUCAGACACCUGUGUCCACCACAAGGUCGCCAAAGGUGGUGACUACAGCUGGAAUGACAAGCCAGUCAACAACCACAGCUACAACAGCUUUUGAAGAGUCAACAUCUAUUCCCUCUGAAAUGUCAACAUCUCCAAGCUCAUCUGUUCCAACAAAACACACUUCAGUACCAGUUGUAACAUCCACACAACCAAAAACAUCAACAGAAACAACUGCUGUGCCAGUCACUACUGUUGUGUCAACAACAACUACAUCUGAAUCAUCCACUGAACUUGGAACAACCACUGAAGGGGCUUCUUCAACUACAAGACCAAUCAAAACUGAAACAACUCUUGCAAUCACCACACCAAGCAUCCCAUCCACUACAGUCCUUGUUGUAGAAAGCACCACUCUCUCCUCAUCUACAGAAACAACAACUCCAAGCAAAGUCACCACAUCUGCAGCAUCAACCACAACACAAACAACUGGAGAACAAAGAACCACAGAGACUGUAACAGAAAAUGAAACAACCACAACUGAGACACCUGUGUCCACAACCAGGUCGCCAAAGGUGGUGACUACAGCUGGAAUGACAAGCCAGUCAACCACCACAGCUACAACAGCUUUUGAAGAGUCAACAUCUAUUCCCUCUGAAAUGUCAACAUCUCCAAGCUCAUCUGUUCCAACAAAACAAACUUCAGUACCAGUUGUAACAACCACACAACCAACAACAUCAACAGAAACAACUGCUGUGCCAGUGACUACUGUUGUGUCAACAACAACUACAUCUGAAUCAUCCACUGAACUUGAGACCACCACAGAAGGGGCUUCUUCAACUACAAGACCAAUCAAAACUAAAACAACUCUUGCAAUCACCACACCAAGCAUCCCAUCCACUACAGUCCUAGUUGUAGAAAGCACCACUCUUUCCUCAUCUACAGGGACAACAACUCCAAGCAAAGUCACCACAUCUGCAGCAUCAACCACAACACAAACAACUGGAGAACAAAGAACCACAGAGACUGUAACAGAAAAUGAAACAACCACAUCUGAGACACCUGUGUCCACAACCAGGUCGCCAAAGGUGGUGACUACAGCUGGAAUGACAAGCCAGUCAACAACCACAGCUACAACAGCUUUUGAAGAGUCAACAUCUAUUCCCUCUGAAAUGUCAACAUCUCCAAGCUCAUCUGUUCCAACAAAACAAACUUCAGUACCAGUUGUAACAACCACACAACCAACAACAUCAACAGAGACAACUGCUGUGCCAGUCACUACUGUUGUGUCAACAAUAACUACAUCUGAAUCAUCCACUGAACUUGGAACAACCACUGAAGGGGCUUCUUCAACUACAAGACCAAUCAAAACUGAAACAACUCUUGCAAUCACCACACCAAGCAUCCCAUCCACUACAGUCCUUGUUGUAGAAAGCACCACUCUCUCCUCAUCUACAGAAACAACAACUCCAAGCAAAGUCACCACAUCUGCAGCAUCAACCACAACACAAACAACUGGAGAACAAAGAACCACAGAGACUGUAACAGAAAAUGAAACAACCACAUCUCAGACACCUGUGUCCACCACAAGGUCGCCAAAGGUGGUGACUACAGCUGGAAUGACAAGCCAGUCAACAACCACAGCUACAACAGCUUUUGAAGAGUCAACAUCUAUUCCCUCUGAAAUGUCAACAUCUCCAAGCUCAUCUGUUCCAACAAAACAAACUUCAGUACCAGUUGUAACAUCCACACAACCAACAAUAUCAACAGAAACAACUGCUGUGCCAGUCACUACUGUUGUGUCAACAACAACUACAUCUGAAUCAUCUACUGAACUUGGAACAACCACUGAAGGGGCUUCUUCAACUACAAGACCAAUCAAAACUGAAACAACUCUUGCAAUCACCACACCAAGCAUCCCAUCCACUACAGUCCUUGUUGUAGAAAGCACCACUCUCUCCUCAUCUACAGAAACAACAACUCCAAGCAAAGUCACCACAUCUGCAGCAUCAACCACAACACAAACAACUGGAGAACAAAGAACCACAGAGACUGUAACAGAAAAUGAAACAACCACAUCUGAGACACCUGUGUCCACAACCAGGUCGCCAAAGGUGGUGACUACAGCUGGAAUGACAAGCCAGUCAACAACCACAGCUACAACAGCUUUUGAAGAGUCAACAUCUAUUCCCUCUGAAAUGUCAACAUCUCCAAGCUCAUCUGUUCCAACAAAACAAACUUCAGUACCAGUUGUAACAACCACACAACCAACAACAUCAACAGAAACAACUGCUGUGCCAGUGACUACUGUUGUGUCAACAACAACUACAUCUGAAUCAUCCACUGAACUUGAGACAACCACUGAAGGUGCUUCUUCAACUACAAGACCAAUCAAAACUAAAACAACUCUUGCAAUCACCACACCAAGCAUCCCAUCCACUACAGUCCUAGUUGUAGAAAGCACCACUCUCUCCUCAUCUACAGGGACAACAACUCCAAGCAAAGUCACCACAUCUGCAGCAUCAACCACAACACAAACAACUGGAGAACAAAGAACCACAGAGACUGUAACAGAAAAUGAAACAACCACAUCUCAGACACCUGUGUCCACCACAAGGUCGCCAAAGGUGGUGACAACAGCUGGAAUGACAAGCCAGUCAACAACCACAGCUACAACAGCUUUUGAAGAGUCAACAUCUAUUCCCUCUGAAAUGUCAACAUCUCCAAGCUCAUCUGUUCCAACAAAACAAACUUCAGUACCAGUUGUAACAACCACACAACCAACAACAUCAACAGAGACAACUGCUGUGCCAGUCACUACUGUUGUGUCAACAACAACUACAUCUGAAUCAUCCACUGAACUUGAGACAACCACUGAAGGGGCUUCUUCAACUACAAGACCAAUCAAAACUGAAACAACUCUUGCAAUCACCACACCAAGCAUCCCAUCCACAACAAUGUAUGUUGUGGGGGAAAGCACCACUGUUCCACCAACAGCUCCAAGCAAAGUCACAACUUCUGCAUCAUCAACCACAACGCAAACAACUGGAGAACAAAGAACCACAGAGACUGUAACAGAAAAUGAAACAACCACAUCUCAGACACCUGUGUCCACUACCAGGUCGCCAAAGGUGGUGACUACAGCUGGAAUGACAAGCCAGUCAACAACCACAGCUACAACAGCUUUUGAAGAGUCAACAUCUAUUCCCUCUGAAAUGUCAACAUCUCCAAGCUCAUCUGUUCCAACAAAACAAACUUCAGUACCAGUUGUAACAACCACACAACCAACAACAUCAACACAGACAACUGCUGUGCCAGUCACUACUGUUGUGUCAACAACAACUACAUCUGAAUCAUCCACUGAACUUGAGACCACCACUGAAGGUGCUUCUUCAACUACAAGACCAAUCAAAACUAAAACAACUCUUGCAAUCACCACACCAAGCAUCCCAUCCACUACAGUCCUAGUUGUAGAAAGCACCACUCUCUCCUCAUCUACAGGGACAACAACUCCAAGUAAAGUCACCACAUCUGCAGCAUCAACCACAACACAAACAACUGGAGAACAAAGAACCACAGAGACUGUAACAGAAAAUGAAACAACCACAUCUGAGACACCUGUGUCCACAACCAGGUCGCCAAAGGUGGUGACUACAGCUGGAAUGACAAGCCAGUCAACAACCACUGCUACAACAGCUUUUGAAGAGUCAACAUCUAUUCCCUCUGAAAUGUCAACAUCUCCAAGCUCAUCUGUUCCAACAAAACAAACUUCAGUACCAGGUGUAACAUCCACACAACCAACAACAUCAACAGAAACAACUGCUGUGCCAGUCACUACUGUUGUGUCAACAACAACUACAUCUGAAUCAUCCACUGAACUUGGAACAACCACUGAAGGGGCUUCUUCAACUACAAGACCAAUCAAAACUGAAACAACUCUUGCAAUCACCACACCAAGCAUCCCAUCCACUACAGUCCUUGUUGUAGAAAGCACCACUCUCUCCUCAUCUACAGAAACAACAACUCCAAGCAAAGUCACCACAUCUGCAGCAUCAACCACAACACAAACAACUGGAGAACAAAGAACCACAGAGACUGUAACAGAAAAUGAAACAACCACAUCUGAGACACCUGUGUCCACAACCAGGUCGCCAAAGGUGGUGACUACAGCUGGAAUGACAAGCCAGUCAACAACCACAGCUACAACAGCUUUUGAAGAGUCAACAUCUAUUCCCUCUGAAAUGUCAACAUCUCCAAGCUCAUCUGUUCCAACAAAACAAACUUCAGUACCAGUUGUAACAACCACACAACCAACAACAUCAACAGAAACAACUGCUGUGCCAGUGACUACUGUUGUGUCAACAACAACUACAUCUGAAUCAUCCACUGAACUUGAGACCACCACUGAAGGUGCUUCUUCAACUACAAGACCAAUCAAAACUAAAACAACUCUUGCAAUCACCACACCAAGCAUCCCAUCCACUACAGUCCUAGUUGUAGAAAGCACCACUCUCUCCUCAUCUACAGGGACAACAACUCCAAGCAAAGUCACCACAUCUGCAGCAUCAACCACAACACAAACAACUGGAGAACAAAGAACCACAGAGACUGUAACAGAAAAUGAAACAACCACAUCUCAGACACCUGUGUCCACCACAAGGUCGCCAAAGGUGGUGACUACAGCUGGAAUGACAAGCCAGUCAACAACCACAGCUACAACAGCUUUUGAAGAGUCAACAUCUAUUCCUUCUGAAAUGUCAACAUCUCCAAGCUCAUCUGUUCCAACAAAACAAACUUCAGUACCAGUUGUAACAACCACACAACCAACAACAUCAACAGAGACAACUGCUGUGCCAGUUCCUACUGUUGUGUCAACAACAACUACAUCUGAAUCAUCCACUGAACUUGAGACAACCACUGAAGGGGCUUCUUCAACUACAAGACCAAUCAAAACUGAAACAACUCUUGCAAUCACCACACCAAGCAUCCCAUCCACAACAAUGUAUGUUGUGGGGGAAAGCACCACUGUUCCACCAACAGCUCCAAGCAAAGUCACCACUUCUGCAUCAUCAACCACAACGCAAACAACUGGAGAACAAAGAACCACAGAGACUGUAACAGAAAAUGAAACAACCACAUCUCAGACACCUGUGUCCACUACCAGGUCGCCAAAGGUGGUGACUACAGCUGGAAUGACAAGCCAGUCAACAACCACUGCUACAACAGCUUUUGAAGAGUCAACAUCUAUUCCCUCUAAAAUGUCAACAUCUCCAAGCUCAUCUGUUCAAACAAAACAAACUUCAGUACCAGUUGUAACAUCCACACAACCAACAACAUCAACAGAAACAACUGCUGUGCCAGUGACUACUGUUGUGUCAACAACAACUACAUCUGAAUCAUCCACUGAACUUGAGACCACCACUGAAGGUGCUUCUUCAACUACAAGACCAAUCAAAACUGAAACAACUCUUGCAAUCACCACACCAAGCAUCCCAUCCACUACAGUCCUAGUUGUAGAAAGCACCACUCUCUCCUCAUCUACAGGGACAACAACUCCAAGUAAAGUCACCACAUCUGCAGCAUCAACCACAACACAAACAACUGGAGAACAAAGAACCACAGAGACUGUAACAGAAAAUGAAACAACCACAUCUGAGACACCUGUGUCCACAACCAGGUCGCCAAAGGUGGUGACUACAGCUGGAAUGACAAGCCAGUCAACAACCACUGCUACAACAGCUUUUGAAGAGUCAACAUCUAUUCCCUCUGAAAUGUCAACAUCUCCAAGCUCAUCUGUUCCAACAAAACAAACUUCAGUACCAGUUGUAACAACCACACAACCAACAACAUCAACAGAGACAACUGCUGUGCCAGUCACUACUGUUGUGUCAACAACAACUACAUCUGAAUCAUCCACUGAACUUGAGACCACCACUGAAGGGGCUUCUUCAACUACAAGACCAAUCAAAACUGAAACAACUCUUGCAAUCACCACACCAAGCAUCCCAUCCACUACAGUCCUUGUUGUAGAAAGCACCACUCUCUCCUCAUCUAAAGAAACAACAACUCCAAGCAAAGUCACCACAUCUGCAGCAUCAACCACAACACAAACAACUGGAGAACAAAGAACCACAGAGACUGUAACAGAAAAUGAAACAACCACAUCUGAGACACCUGUGUCCACAACCAGGUCGCCAAAGGUGGUGACUACAGCUGGAAUGACAAGCCAGUCAACAACCACAGCUACAACAGCUUUUGAAGAGUCAACAUCUAUUCCCUCUGAAAUGUCAACAUCUCCAAGCUCAUCUGUUCCAACAAAACAAACUUCAGUACCAGUUGUAACAACCACACAACCAACAACAUCAACAGAGACAACUGCUGUGCCAGUCACUACUGUUGUGUCAACAACAACUACAUCUGAAUCAUCCACUGAACUUGAGACCACCACUGAAGGUGCUUCUUCAACUACAAGACCAAUCAAAACUAAAACAACUCUUGCAAUCACCACACCAAGCAUCCCAUCCACUACAGUCCUAGUUGUAGAAAGCACCACUCUCUCCUCAUCUACAGGGACAACAACUCCAAGUAAAGUCACCACAUCUGCAGCAUCAACUACAACACAAACAACUGGAGAACAAAGAACCACAGAGACUGUAACAGAAAAUGAAACAACCACAUCUGAGACACCUGUGUCCACAACCAGGUCGCCAAAGGUGGUGACUACAGCUGGAAUGACAAGCCAGUCAACAACCACAGCUACAACAGCUUUUGAAGAGUCAACAUCUAUUCCCUCUGAAAUGUCAACAUCUCCAAGCUCAUCUGUUCCAACAAAACAAACUUCAGUACCAGUUGUAACAACCACACAACCAACAACAUCAACAGAGACAACUGCUGUGCCAGUCACUACUGUUGUGUCAACAACAACUACAUCUGAAUCAUCCACUGAACUUGAGACCACCACUGAAGGGGCUUCUUCAACUACAAGACCAAUCAAAACUGAAACAACUCUUGCAAUCACCACACCAAGCAUCCCAUCCACUACAGUCCUUGUUGUAGAAAGCACCACUCUCUCCUCAUCUAAAGAAACAACAACUCCAAGCAAAGUCACCACAUCUGCAGCAUCAACCACAACACAAACAACUGGAGAACAAAGAACCACAGAGACUGUAACAGAAAAUGAAACAACCACAUCUGAGACACCUGUGUCCACAACCAGGUCGCCAAAGGUGGUGACUACAGCUGGAAUGACAAGCCAGUCAACAACCACAGCUACAACAGCUUUUGAAGAGUCAACAUCUAUUCCCUCUGAAAUGUCAACAUCUCCAAGCUCAUCUGUUCCAACAAAACAAACUUCAGUACCAGUUGUAACAACCACACAACCAACAACAUCAACACAGACAACUGCUGUGCCAGUCACUACUGUUGUGUCAACAACAACUACAUCUGAAUCAUCCACUGAACUUGAGACAACCACUGAAGGGGCUUCUUCAACUACAAGACCAAUCAAAACUGAAACAACUCUUGCAAUCACCACACCAAGCAUCCCAUCCACAACAAUGUAUGUUGUGGGGGAAAGCACCACUGUUCCACCAACAGCUCCAAGCAAAGUCACAACUUCUGCAUCAUCAACCACAACGCAAACAACUGGAGAACAAAGAACCACAGAGACUGUAACAGAAAAUGAAACAACCACAUCUCAGACACCUGUGUCCACUACCAGGUCGCCAAAGGUGGUGACUACAGCUGGAAUGACAAGCCAGUCAACAACCACAGCUACAACAGCUUUUGAAGAGUCAACAUCUAUUCCCUCUAAAAUGUCAACAUCUUCAAGCUCAUCUGUUCCAACAAAACAAACUUCAGUACCAGUUGUAACAUCCACACAACCAACAACAUCAACAGAAACAACUGCUGUGCCAGUGACUACUGUUGUGUCAACAACAACUACAUCUGAAUCAUCCACUGAACUUGAGACCACCACUGAAGGGGCUUCUUCAACUACAAGACCAAUCAAAACUGAAACAACUCUUGCAAUCACCACACCAAGCAUCCCAUCCACUACAGUCCUUGUUGUAGAAAGCACCACUCUCUCCUCAUCUACAGAAACAACAACUCCAAGCAAAGUCACCACAUCUGCAGCAUCAACCACAACACAAACAACUGGAGAACAAAGAACCACAGAGACUGUAACAGAAAAUGAAACAACCACAUCUCAGACACCUGUGUCCACCACCAGGUCACCAAAGGUGGUGACUACAGCUGGAAUGACAAGCCAGUCAACAACCACAGCUACAACAGCUUUUGAAGAGUCAACAUCUAUUCCCUCUGAAAUGUCAACAUCUCCAAGCUCAUCUGUUCCAACAAAACAAACUUCAGUACCAGUUGUAACAACCACACAACCAACAACAUCAACAGAGACAACUGCUGUGCCAGUCACUACUGUUGUGUCAACAACAACAGCAUCUGAAUCAUCCACUGAACUUGAGACAACCACUGAAGGGGCUUCUUCAACUACAAGACCAAUCAAAACUGAAACAACUCUUGCAAUCACCACACCAAGCAUCCCAUCCACUACAGUCCUAGUUGUAGAAAGCACCACUCUUUCCUCAUCUACAGGGACAACAACUCCAAGCAAAGUCACCACAUCUGUAGCAUCAACCACAACACAAACAACUGGAGAACAAAGAACCACAGAGACUGUAACAGAAAAUGAAACAACCACAUCUCAGACACCUGUGUCCACCACCAGGUCACCAAAGGUGGUGACUACAGCUGGAAUGACAAGCCAGUCAACAACCACAGCUACAACAGCUUUUGAAGAGUCAACAUCUAUUCCCUCUGAAAUGUCAACAUAUCCAAGCACAUCUGUUCCAACAAAACAAACUUCAGUACCAGUUGUAACAACCACACAACCAACAACAUCAACAGAGACAACUGCUGUGCCAGUCACUACUGUUGUGUCAACAACAACUACAUCUAAAUCAUCCACUGAACUUGGAACAACCACUGAAGGGGCUUCUUCAACUACAAGACCAAUCAAAACUGAAACAACUCUUGCAAUCACCACACCAAGCAUCCCAUCCACAACAGUCCUUGUUGUAGAAAGCACCACUCUCUCCUCAUCUACAGAAACAACAACUCCAAGCAAAGUCACCACAUCUGCAGCAUCAACCACAACACAAACAACUGGAGAACAAAGAACCACAGAGACUGUAACAGAAAAUGAAACAACCACAUCUGAGACACCUGUGUCCACAACCAGGUCGCCAAAGGUGGUGACUACAGCUGGAGUGACAAGCCAGUCAACAACCACAGCUACAACAGCUGUUGAAGAGUCAACAUCUAUUCCCUCUGAAAUGUCAACAUCUCCAAGCUCAUCUGUUCCAACAAAACAAACUUCAGUACCAGUUGUAACAACCACACAACCAACAACAUCAACAGAGACAACUGCUGUGCCAGUCACUACUGUUGUGUCAACAACAACUACAUCUGAAUCAUCCACUGAACUUGAGACAACCACUGAAGGGGCUUCUUCAACUACAAGACCAAUCAAAACUGAAACAACUCUUGCAAUCACCACACCAAGCAUCCCAUCCACUACCUUUGUGGUCACAGAGGGAAGUACAACUAUACUUCUCAACACUACUUUUACCUCUGAGAAAACUUCAACAGGUUUUAGAACAUCCAUCUCACCAAUCACAGAAUACACCAUUACCAGUACCACUCCAACAGCUUUCCACUCGUCCCCUCUUACAACUCUGGAGACCUCAAUUGCACCCAUUACACAAACAAUACCAUCUUUUACUGGAAUCCUGCCAGUUUCUACACAAUCUCCUGUAUAUUCAUCUACUUCAAGUGUUUGCUGCUAUGUCAAUGGAACAGAUUUUCAAUCAGGUGAUAUAAUAUAUAAUGUCACUGAUGGCCUCGGUUGGUGCUUUACGGCAUACUGCAAUGCAACUUGUAAUAUUGUAAAGACUUCAACAUCCUGCGGAUCCACUCCGUCACCCUCCACCACCUUUGAAGCAACAACCCUUUCUAGUUCGACAAAAAUCAGCCAACCAACACAGCCUGUCACAAUCAUUUCCACUUAUCCAACUAUGGAAAUACCAACUACGACCUUUGGGCCUAAUUGUUCAGCUCUUGACCCACCUAGACAGCCCAAUGAAACUUGGCUGAGUGAAUGUCAAUUGUGUGUAUGUGAGAGCGAGACACUGAGUGUCCGAUGCCAGCCUGUGAUCUGUAAAACUUUACCACCCGUUGCUUGUGAUGGACCUGGACAGGUGCUUGUCAAUACAUCAGGCGAAUGCUGUGAGAGUUAUACAUGCAGUUGCGAUUUGAGCAUGUGUCCUAUGCCUAUGAUUCUCUGCCCGUUGGGCUAUAUGAUGUCCUAUAGUGUUAAUCCUGACAGCUGCUGUCCACAGUAUGACUGCAGACCCAUGGAAGUCUGUAUCUAUAAUACCACAGUGUACCAGCCUGGCUCACCUAUGCCAAGUGAUGACCCUUGUACGCUUUGUUACUGUGGUCAGAGCGUUGAUCCUGAAACAAAACUUCUUACUUCUGAGUGUAUAAUAGCUGACUGCAACUUCGACUGUCCAGAGGACCAAGAGUACCAAAAUAUUCCUGGGCAGUGCUGUGGAGUUUGUGUUAGUACUGAUUGUGUGGUUGUCCAUGAUAACAUCACACAAAACAUCCCAGUUAACCAGAUAUGGCAACCAGCUGAUGAUAAAUGUGUGGUAUACACAUGUGAACGAGUCAAUGGUCAGUCAUUGGUGGUCGAAUCUAAGAUCACCUGCCCUGUGUUUAAUCCUGAAGACUGUGUUCCUGGAACAAAGACAUUGGAUGAAGAAGGAUGCUGUCUAACCUGUACACUGGAGAGUAAAUGUAACGUCCAGAAGAACAGCACCAUCCUGGAGAGCAAUGGUUGUGUGAGCAGCUCACCUGUGGAAGUAACCUCCUGUACAGGAUUGUGUGGCACAUCAUCUAUAUACUCGGCGGAUGCCAACUCUCUCGUUCAUUCUUGCUCGUGCUGUCAGGAAAUGACGACCAGUACAAGAGAAGCGACUCUGACCUGUGCCGAUGGAUCAAACAUCAUCCACUCAUAUAUUUACAUUGAGUCAUGUGGCUGUAAGGCUUCCGAUUGCCCUUCUCAAUCUAAUUCAAUGAGGAGACGCCGGAGGAAAUGAAUGUGAAAUCUCUUCUUUAACCUUAUGUAGUACACAUGAUUUGCUUCUGUUUUCUUCGUUCUACAGCCAUUUCACCUCCCUUUAAUAUUACAAAGUUAAUGUCACAAGUUUGAACUGCAAUGUUAACAUCAUGUAUGCCUUUGAAUGGAUUUCUAUCUGUUGUGUUAUUGUGAAUCUGUACAUUUAAAGCUUCAAAAUUUUUGUGACUAUUAUCUCUAUGGCAUCAUGACAACGAAACUCUUUUGGUUG